AUGUCUGCCCCGAUCAACGAGGGGGCGUCCACCUCUGCCGGUCUGUCAGAAUACGAACUCUUACGGCAAGAGAACAUAAAUUCACUGAAGCACGAGGUGGGUGAUAUAUUUAGUAACACUCUGCAAUGUGCUCAAAACCUUCAAAAAAGUUUGCGAUUACGGAAUGGUAGAAGAGCAGCUCAUAUACCAGGGCUACGAGUGAAAUUAUUCUCUAAACUGGACAAAUCGUCAAAGGCGAAGGAGGCUCAAAGUAAAGAUAUCCGUCGAUCAUCACGUUCUAAAAGAAAGCAAAUUUAUUAUGAUUAUAAAGAUGACAAUGACGAUGGAGAAAACAAAAAUCGUCGACAGAAAUUUAAACAACAGAAAAAGUGUCCUUUGCCUAAAUCUAAAGUUUCAAAACACACAUUUAGCAGAAAAGUAUCUCGAUUGGAUGUAUCUCUUGUAACAAACGAAAUGUUAAACAACAUCAAUUAUCGCUCUGUAGGAAAAAAAUAUAGUACUGACAAAGGGACCACUUGUCACCAAUGCAGGCAGAAAACUUUGGACCAAAAAUCAUACUGUCGGCACAAGAGUUGUAAAGGUAUGAGAGGUAUGUUCUGUGGUUUUUGUUUGCUUAGACGAUAUGGUGAAGAUGUAGCUGAAGUUUUAUUAAAUCCGGUUUGGGCUUGUCCACCAUGUCGUGGUCAAUGUAACUGCAGCAUUUGUAGGCGUUAUCAAGGCAAAGAUCCAACUGGACAAAUGGCACAAGAAGCUGAAGCUAAAGGAUAUAACUCUGUUUGCGAUCUGUUAAGGACAAUAGAAGGAGACCCAUAUGAACCGCAAAAUCCUAAUCCCGUAGAGAACCACAUUGAACUUCAAAACAGUAAUGCAGUUGGUUUUACCGGUACCCAGUUAAAGAAUGAUAUGGCUGUACUUGAUGAACACAAGUCUGAAAACGAGGUCGAGAAUUUAAAAUCAAUUAAUAAGGAUGAAGAACAAUGUAACUCUAAAAAUGUGAUAGAAGAGCAUAGAGAAACUUCAGAAAUGAUUAUUGAUCAACUUUAUGAGAAAUUAAUGGUUUCUACAUAA